ACUAACUAUCCGUGAAGAAAACGAAAGCGCGAGUUACACUACACGUGUGUGUAGAACAGAAACAUGGGCAAAAGAAGGCGAGGAAAACAAGAGGUUACCAAUUUAACUAAGAAACAGAAGAAACAUCUAAAAGAAUUUGGAGAACAGCACCCUUUUCACGAUAAUGUUGUCGAUAGACCGGAGAAGACUGAGAUUUUGCGCUUGCCUAACAGGCCACAACAUCGUGAACCUGACAGUGAGGAAGACAGUGAUAGAGAGCAGCAGUCUGCUUAUCAGAAACUGCUGUCCACCAUGAUCCAAGUUGCCGAUGACAACAGUGAAGAUGAAGAAAGUGAAGAUGAGGAUGACGGAGAUGAGGAUGAGAAUGACGGAGAGGAGGUUGAAGGAGAGAGUGGUGAAGAAGAAAAAGAAGAGGAGGAGGAAGGUGAUGAUGAUGAUAAUGAUGAUGAGGAGGGUGAAACACCUGAUGAUUCACAAGAUAGAGAACACCCUGAAAAGACAAAUGGAGAUAUUGAGGAGAACAUGGAGGGAGAGUUUACAGAUAAGAAGAAUGAAGCUGCAUUCUGUUUGGAGACCAACCUUCCAGCCGAAGAAGAGGAAAACACAGAAGAUCAGGAGCAAGACAUGUUUGUGAAGCACCAGGAAAUCGAACUGAGUGAAGAGGAAGUAGGCCGAAUCUCGCAAGGAUCAACAAUCAAGACUCAGGUUAAGUGGCCAAAGCUAGGCGUUCUGCAGUGUGUGUGUCCACUGGAACGUUUUAAAGCUGUAGGGCAGCCCUCAUCUGCCCCUGUUCCACUCAUUCACAAAACCCUGGAGGCAAAUUGGCGCUUGUUAAACCAGCCCUUCGGACCUGAAGGAGGCGCUCUGACAGAUGUCACAGAGCUACAGAAGGAAUUGCUUGGGCUCAUGGGUACUUACAGGGAUGUAUAUUUUUCAAACCGCUCUCCUUUGAAGGAGGCUAAGGAAGUACGGAGUGCGUACUGUCUUCAUGUGCUGAACCAUGUGUUAAAGGCAAACACUCGUGUGCUUAGAAAUAAUGCCAAGUUGAAGGAAUCUAAAGAUGUGAAUGAGGAUUUUCGGGAUCAGGGGUUAACUAGACCAAAGGUUUUGAUUCUGGUGCCGUUCAGAGAUGGAGCACUGCGAGUGGUCCAGACCUUCAUAACACUAUUGGAACCCAAAGGCAAGAAGAUGGACGCCAGUAACAAGAAGCGAUUCAAGGAAGAGUUUGGAGAGGAGUCAAGUGAAAGGCCACCUAACCUGCACAGACCUGACGACUAUCAUGCCAUCUUUUCUGGAAAUGUGGAUGACCAUUUCAGGAUAGGUGUGUCUAUCAUGAAGCGUAGCAUGCGUCUCUAUUCUCCGUUCUACUCCUCUGACAUUAUCAUUGCGUCUCCACUGGGUCUGCGCACAGUUUUGGGUGUCGACGGUGAUAAGAAAAGAGACUUUGACUUCCUGUCUUCAAUCGAACUUCUGAUCGUGGAUCAGGCGGAUGUGUUCCUCAUGCAGAAUUGGGAACACUUGCUGCAUGUGUUGAAGCAUUUGAAUAUGCAGCCGCUGGACUCUCACGGAGUCGAUUUCUCUCGUGUGCGCAUGUGGAAUCUGAACAACUGGGCCUCAUAUUACAGACAGACGCUGGUGUUCAGUGCCAUACAAGAGCCCCAGAUCACCAACAUCCUUACCAAACACUGCCAUAACUACAGGGGCCAGGUGUGCAGUAAAACCAUUCCAAAGGUGGGCUCAAUCUGUCAGGUUCUCGUGCAGCUACCGCAUGUAUUCCAGAUGUUUCACUCUGACAGCUUCAUGGACCAGGAUGCCAGGUUCCAGUUCUUUGUGGAUAAGAUCCUCCCCCAGUACAGAGACUCUGUUAUGUCCCACACUUUCAUCUAUGUGCCUUCGUACUUUGAUUUUGUUCGCCUGCGAAACUACCUGAAGAAAGAAGACGUCAGUUUUGCCAGUGUCAGCGAGUACUCUCAGAGAUCAGAGGUGUCUCGAGCACGACAUUACUUCCAGACUGGAGAGAAACAGUUUAUGCUCUUCUCUGAGAGAUUCCACUUCUACAAGAGGUACACUAUCAAGGGCAUCCAUAAUCUGAUCUUCUACGGGUUGCCUACAUACCCUCACUUCUACACUGAAGUGUGUAAUAUGCUCCAGGCUGGUGUCAGAGAGGGUGGUGGUUCUGUCAGCUUCACCUGCACAGCCCUGUACUCCCGUUAUGACACGCACCGGCUGGCUGCCAUCGCUGGGGCCGACCGCGCCGCUCAGAUGCUCCAGUCCAAAAAACCAGUGCACCUUUUCAUCACAGGGGAGGAGAAAAACACAUGAAGGGGGACUGAAAAUCGAAUGUGACAUUUUUUAACCUUUAAGAGAAAGAACAUAAUCCGUGUUUGCGGUAAUGUACAGAAAGAUGUUUUCCCUUCAAUCCCCCUAAAAUUCAUUCAUAAGACUGAAUGUAAUGAUGUUCUCA